AUGAGAAAGGAAACCAGACAGCUCCGAGAAGAGCAGUCCAGUGUUGUAUCUCAGAGAUCUGAGCCAGGAGUUGAACCAAAGGAUUCGUUUGGUGACACUUCGAGUGACUCUGAUCAAGAGAAAAUUGCUAUGGCUAAUGCACGAAUAUUAAGGGAGUUGGCUGCUCUUGAUUUAAAUCAGCAGCCUUUAUGCAUUACUUUUUCCACUUUAAAUAAUAACACUCCGUUCAAAUUAAAAUCUGGUCUAAUUCAUCUUUUACCUUCUUUUCAUGGUUUAUCAUGUGAGGAGCCGUAUAAGCAUCUGCAGGAGUUUGAUAUCAUGUGUAAUAGUAUGAAACCCUCAGAAAUCACAGAAGAGCAGAUAAAAAUGAGGGCAUUCCCCUUCUCCUUGAAAGAUUCUGCAAAAGACUGGUUAUACUACCUACCACCGGGUAGUAUCACCACGUGGGACCAAGACAGGAGUAUUAUUGAUGCUGCGAGUGGAGGGACACUGGUGAAUAAGACUUCUAGAGCAGCGUGGGAGUUAAUUGAGGGAAUGGCAGAGAAUUCACAACAAUUCGGUACGAGGGAGGAUGUUCCAAUACGUAAGGUAAAUGAGGUAGAGACAUCUUCUAUCCAGCAGCAGUUGACCGAGUUGACUUCUUUUGUUAGGCAACUGGCUGUAGGAAACGCAUCUCAGGCCAAGGUGUACGAAAUUUGCACUGGUUUGGGUCACUCUACGUAG